GGCAUCACACCCCCACUGGCUUCUUGGCGGAAGUUUCCCUUGCCUUGCUAACGAUCUCUGCUUUACUGCAUCUUUUCUUUACCAGAAUUACCUCACCAGCAAACUUCUCACUAAAUGAACUGACAGAGGAAACUACAAUCUGAGUCGUUAUGGAGCCUAUGUCGACCCAGGUUGACCCAAAUAGUGAAGACAGUUCCAGUUCUGAUAACAUGUCUCUACUGAACAUUGGACUGCCAGCCUCGGAGACAGAUCGUUUUGGGUUUAUACUGGGCACCGGCUCUACUGUUGGAGCUGAAGGCCCGCCCCCUGAGGUGAUCAGACAAAGGGAGACAAAAUGGCUGAACAUCAUCGGCCAAUGGGAUCACACUUUGCUGAAGAAGACCAACAAGGUGAAAGAACAGUGUCGGAAGGGUAUCCCAGCAUCUCUCAGGGCUCGGUGUUGGCCUCUACUUUGCUAUGCCACAGAGAGGAGGAGUAAAAACAGGAGACUUUACCAGACACUUGACUCCUCCCCUGCCCUGCAAACCUGGGUGGAUAUGAUUGAGAGAGACAUCGACAGGCAGUUCCCUUUCCACGAGAUGUUCCUCUCUAGAGACGGCCAUGGGCAACAGGGGCUAUUUCGGGUCCUGAAGGCUUACACGCAGUUCAGGCCUGAUGAGGGGUACUGUCAGGGGCAAGGACCUGUGGCUGCAGUGCUUUUGAUGAUUAUGCCUGCUGAGGAAGCAUUCUGGUGUCUGGUUCAGAUCAGUGAGCAAUACCUUCCUGGGUACUACAGCCCCCUGCUGGAGGGUGUGCUGUUCGACGCAGCCAUGCUCAGUGGUGUGCUGCACAGGGUGUGUCCCUCCGCACACAGGCACCUGCUCAAACAUGGUGUAGAGCCACUCAUGUUUGCUACAGACUGGCUGAUGUGUCUCUAUGCCCGACACCUGCCUUUCAGCACCCUGCUUAGAGUCUGGGACCUGUUCUUCUGCUACGGUGUACGGGUGUUGUUCCAGGUGGCAGUGGUGCUGGUACGGCGGGCAUUAGGGCGGCAAGUCCAGAGGGAGGAGUGUGAAGGCCAGAUGGAGACCCUGGAGAGACUACGCGGCAUCAAGGCCCAGGUUCCACCAGAGGACGACACUUUCAUUGAGGAGGUGUGCUCAGUCCCUCUCUCUGGCAGGGACCUGGAGAGAGAGACGGAGAGAGAGCUAGAGAGAUGGAGAAAAGAGCGCCCAUCCUCAACCUUUGACCCUCGCAACCGUUGCCAUGGCUACCAGGCGGCCUGGGUGAAAGGGCAGGAGAGGGAGGAGCAGCAGAAGAGGGCAGAGAGAGAGAGGGGAAACCUCUCCCUCCCUCCCCUGCGCUCUCCCUCCUCCCUCUCUCCUUCACUCCUCAGGAAGAGGUGGAAGAGAGGGAGCAGGGGAGAAGCAGGCAAAAGAGAAGUGGGCGAAGCAGGAGAACGAGAGCAAGGGAGGCAGGCUGGAGGGAAGGCAGGAGCGGCUGAAAAGUGGGGCAGGGGGAAUGGGAGAGAAAGAAGCAGGAGGAGUGAGAGAGAAGAGGAGGUGCAGCACAAUAAAGCAGCUCACAGAGAUCCCUUAAAGUGCCCAUUCACAAGCAUGGCGGGAAACUCAGCCCAAACCACAGAUGGAUUGCCACACUGUGCCACACAACAGCACAGCACCAGAACUGCUCCCAAUCACGGCCAUACAAGCACGGACCAGCCUCAGGAUGGAGCAGGCAGAUCCACGAAUGGGGACAGCACCCAUGCCAAACCGAUACCUCACACCGUGGUACGACCCAGCCCAGCGAACCAGCUGGCUGUUUCCAUGGAGACGACUCUUGAGUAUGGCAUUGUGGAAGGUUCUGCCAUGUUGAGCCAGACGCACACCAACUUUAUGGAGGGGCCUGGUGGAUCAGCAAAACCUGUAACAAUAAGCAGGACCAGCAUUUAUGCUCAACACAGUGCUACAGAAACACCCAGCGCUAGCUCCCUGGUUUGGGGUAAAACAGUGGAGAGCCCAGAGAGCGAUUUGGAGCAGAAUGAUGAUGUGGGCUUAUGCCAGGAAAAAGAAGACAGAUUGGGUGGGACAGACAAGCAGCAAAUAGGCUCUGCUUGCAAUAAUCUUGGUAUUCAGGAACUUCAGGGGUCUAAUCAACAGGUCCUCCCUAGCCCAAGGUGGGUAGAACAGUCUGAACACUUGCCUGUAAAUCAUGAUGGGUCUCUGGGAAAUAUUCCCCAGGGUGAGCAGGACUCCAGCGGGUGCUCUGAGGGGGAUAUUUCGCAGCAGCUAGAGGACUCUGGAAAUGUGGAACUACAGGGGGGACAUUCCGGGGACACUGCCCAGACUGGGGUGCCAGGCAAUCACAGUCCAGCAGGAGACCAUCCAGGCCCCCUCACAGGACAGGGGCUGUCCCAGCAGGGGGAGACUGAAAGUGAGAACCUGCUCAGCCCCUCCCUAUUGGUUGAGAGACCCAAAAUGGAGCAAGCCCCCAAAGGUGGGACAGAGGCAGGCUGUGAAAGGUUACCAGUUGUACUUUUAGAUCAGGGAGAGGGGACACCUGUGCUAGAUCAGGAAAAGGGUUCACCCGUGUUAGAUCAGCGAGAGGGGUCAACUACAGCACAUCAGACUGAGGGGCCAUUUGUGCUUCAUCAGGUUGAGGAUUUACCUGUUGCACCUGUAGAUCAGGUUGAGGAGUUACACAUUAUAUCUUUAUUAGAUGAGGCUGAAGGAUUACCUGUUACACCUGUGUUAGAUCAAGUAGAAGGGUUACCUGAUAUACCUGUAUUACAUGAGGUUGACAGGUUUCCCGUUAAACCUAAAUUAGAUCAAGUGGAAGGGUUACCUAUUACACCUGUAUUAGAUCAUAGUGAAGAGUCUCAUGCAGUAGAUCUGGUUGAGGGACCACCUGUAUUAGACAAAGGUGAGCAAUCACCUGUAACACCAUUAUUAGCUCAGGUUGAGGAGGCAGGUUCACAGCAAAAUGUUGUGUCUGAGCCACAGCUGCCCACCAAAGCCCUGUCAUUCACAGAGGUUAUCCCCUUUAGCUCCACACACAGCGAGGAUUCCACUGUGGGACCAACGAGUGAGACUCUGCCAGGACACACAGGGGGCGUGUCUGAGCGACUGCCCUGCCUCCCUGCUCAGGUGGGACAGACAGCCCAGGAAAGAGAUCCCCAUCAGGAAGAAGCCCAGCCCACAGGGACUGACCCAACACCACCAGAAGGUGACCUGAUCUCUCCAGAGGACCAGAGCAGAUCUGGGCAGAUACCCUCCCCUGCAGGACCCUGCCCCAUUGUGGAAAAGGGCAGUGGGGUGUACAGACCACGGCGUGCCCCCUGCGGCAAAGCGUCCCGUUCCCGCACACUGUCCGAGGACACAUUCAGAGACUCAAAUCACACCGGCUCUGAAGCCACAUCUAUAAUCAGCCCGUCCAACCACACCCCCCAGGAUAUCGGCAAGCGUGACCCCUCCCACCAGGACAAGAGCAGCCCCUUUCCGUCAUCCAAUCCGGUGGACACUCCGCGUCGCUUUGCUCUCUUUCGUAUGCUGAGAGGGGACCGCUCCAAAGACAGGAAGGGAGGAGAUGGCGGUGAGAAGAACCAUAAGGCAUCAUCACCCAAAAUGACAGUGCCCACCAUACUUAUACAAGACUUCAGUGAUGGGGUGGGACCAGGCGUGACCGGGGAAGGGUCAGGUAUGGACGAGGCCGGAUCAGGCAUGGCCAUGGCUGAGGCAGCAUCCGGUGUGGCUGGGGAUGGCCUCAGCUCCAAGCAGCGGAGAAGGGGGAGAAGGGAGCAGGAGAGGAGGGAAAGAGAGGAAGAGAAGGCCAGGAAGAAAAGAGAGAAGGUGAUGGAAAAAGAGAAGGACAGAGAGAGGAAGAAGCCGCAGACCAGGGGGAAGAGUUUUCAUGCACACAGUGAUAUUCCUCGCCCUGGAAACAGCAGCUGUACAACACCAGGUUCCAAGAGAAACUCUGCCCCAUUUUUUGACACAAUCUUCUAAAGAUGCAGGGAAUGGGGGGUGGGGGGAAGGGGAGAGAGAGAGAGAGAGAGAGAGAGAGAGAGACAUAAACUGGAAACAUUGGAGUGUACAGAAUGUAGAUAAGACAAGAAAUCUGGAAAAUAAGAAUAUUUUAAUUUGAGUUUGUAUAUUAAUUGAAAUCCAUGUUGACAUUAAUACAAAAUAGCAGAAAUUAUUACUCCAAGUUUUUUCCUUUAUUCUAAUUCUUCAGUCUUGGAUUUCGUCUUCACAGCUCAAUGGUAUAAUAAAGCAGAAGUUACAUUU